UGUCUCUGUUUGUCUUAUUUUUAAAUUCACAGCUUUCGAAUUGGCAUUUAAGGAACAUUGGUUCCGAGGUGCCUGUUUUUAGGGGAUCAAAAAUAAAGCCGGACCAGAGUUAUCUGUGCAGGCUCCGUACCAUGGAGCCAGUUCAGCGCCAUUAGUGGGACCGUCCUCGUUAGAUAUGAGGCUUAGCUGACGGUAAUUGUGAAUGGCUGGCGGUGGGGUUCGCCGUCGUGUUUUGUACUCCAACACUCUCCUGUUUAGGUCUUUCUUGUGCGUAAUGGAUAGCCCGGGCUUCGCGAGGCGCCGCUCGUCGUUCGAGCGGCUGCGCUUCAACAACGUCGCGCUCAGGAGGCUUCCCGUGGAUGAGUCGCACGCCCCGGGAGCGAGGCCCGUGCGCGGCGCGUGCUUCUCCAGGGUCACGCCGCAGCCGCUGGAGAGGCCGCAGCUCGUAGCUGUGUCCAGCGCGGCUCUGGCGCUACUCGGCCUGGACGCACGGGAGGUUGUGGGCGAGCCGCUGGGCCCGGAGUAUCUGAGCGGCUCCAGAGUCAUGCCGGGCUCCCAGCCUGCUGCGCACUGCUACAGCGGAUACCAGUUCGGCCAGUUUGCCGGACAGCUCGGCGAUGGAGCCGCCUGUUAUUUGGGUGAAGUGGAGGCUCCGGAUGACCAGAGCCCCGAACUACUAAGAGAGAACCCCAGUCGGCGGUGGGAGGUCCAAGUCAAGGGGUCCGGACCGACUCCUUAUUCCAGGCAGGCGGACGGGCGUAAAGUCUUGCGCUCCAGCGUCCGUGAGUUCCUGUGCAGCGAGGCGCUCUUUGCCCUCGGGCUGCCCACUACUCGCGCGGGCUCCAUAGUGACGUCUGACACGCACGUAAUGCGUGACGUGUUUUAUGACGGCAACGCGCGCAUGGAGAGGUGCGCCGCCGUCUUGCGCAUCGCGCCCACCUUCAUCAGGUUUGGAUCAUUUGAGAUCUUCAAACAGGCCGAUGCAGUCACAGGCAGACAGGGCCCCAGCUGUGGGUGUGAUGAGAUCAGAACUCAGAUGCUGGACUAUGUUGUUGAAACCUUCUUCCCAGAGAUCCAUGCGAGCCACACAGACGUAGUGGAGAGAAAUGCUGCCUUCUUUAGAGAGGUGACGCGAAGGACAGCCAGACUGGUGGCACAGUGGCAAUGUGUGGGAUUCUGUCAUGGCGUCCUUAACACUGAUAACAUGAGUAUCCUGGGACUGACCCUGGAUUACGGGCCCUUCGGUUUCAUGGAUCGCUUCGACCCGGACUUUGUCUGCAACGCCUCCGAUAAUUCCGGCCGCUACAAGUACCGGGCCCAGCCAGAGAUCUGUCACUGGAACCUGGCUCGACUGGCGGAGGCCCUGAGCCCCAACCUGCCCUCGGAGCGGGCUGGGCCGCUGCUGGACGAGUACUUUCCCCUCUAUAAUGCUUUCUACCUGGGCACUAUGAGGAGGAAACUGGGCCUGCUGAGGAAGGAGGAGCCGGAGGACGAGACGCUCAUCACGAACCUUUUGCAGACGAUGCACAACACGGGAGCUGACUUCACCAACACAUUCCGGAGCUUGAGUCAGAUCCUGGGUCCCGUGCAGGGAGAGGCCGCGGAUGACACCGAGGCUCUGGAGAGGGCCACGGAGCUGCUCCUGGAUCAGUGUGCCUCUCUGGAGGAGAUGAGGGCCAGCAGCAGACCUUCGAUGCACCCACGUGAGCUAGCGAUGCUGGUGUCCAUGGCACAGAGUAACCCAGCGUUGUUCCACGUGCUGUCGGACCGCGCGAUGCUGACCCAGCAAUUGGAGAAGCUCUCCAGGCUGCAGGAGCUGAUGGAGACCACGGAGGAAGAGCUGAGAAGACAGCAGAGGGAGAAUUGGUCCUCCUGGAUCAGACAGUACAGGCAACGGCUUGCUCAUGAGUAUGAGGGAGGGAGUGAUGUCCAAGGCACGUGGGAGGAGAGAGUGCGUGUGAUGGACAGCACCAAUCCAUGUGUAGUGCUCCGGAACUACAUCGCUCAGAAUGCAAUAGAGGCGGCAGAAAAGGGGGACUUCUCCGAGGUUCAGAGAGUUCUGAAAGUGCUGGAGAAGCCAUUCUGCGUCCAGCGGGGCCUGGAGAGAGAGAGAUCGGCACAGAGGGAUGAAGGAGCAGGCCAGGGAGAGGCCGGGGAGGAGCGUUCAGACACAGGGAGCCAUGCACCUGUCCCUUACGACAGCAAGCCCCCAGCCUGGGCCAGCGAGCUCUGUGUCACCUGAUCAUCGUAGAACCUUCAGGACGAGCGAGCAGCCCAUACAUAGAGGAAAGAGAGAUUCUCUUCGCUAUAGGCUGGCUGACCGUGUCUGUGAAGGUGUUUUAUGGCACUAAGCUUCUGUCAACUAGUUUGGAGUGUCAACUAGAGGGAGUGUUAUGGCUGGUGGUAAAUGACCACCUGUUUUGUUGAGAACAGAAUGUGCAGCCAGUUACAGUUACCUGUGUGUUUGACUGGUUAUAAAUGACGACUAGGACCCACAAGUCUUCAACAGAACGGUCUUGGUUUGAAAGACAGGGGCUGUAGCACAUUAUAAACUUGUGAGAGAGAGAGAGAGAGAGAGAGAGAGAGAGAGAGAGAGAGAGAGAAUGUCUUAAUGCACAAAUUAAUGAAUGGUAAGGACCAUAAAUUAAACGCAGUUUAUUCAGUGCAAAAGAUAUUAAUUUCAUAUGCUAUAACAGUGAUGUGAUCAGCUGUAACAGUGAAGCUAUGAUUUUUGUUCUAAUGUCCCUUAAUACACAUGAAGGUAAACAAAUAAAUAUAAACAACCACAGAAAUUCUACA